UUCCCCGGGCCGCGGCCGACCCCGCCAGCCCCCGGAGGCCGUCGCGCCGAGGGCCGGUCACCAUGGAAGUGAACCCCCCCAAGCAGGAGCACCUGCUGGCGCUGAAAGUGAUGCGGUUGACUAAGCCUACUUUAUUCACCAACAUUCCAGUUACAUGUGAAGAGAAAGACUUGCCUGGAGAUCUCUUUAACCAACUGAUGAGAGAUGAUCCUUCAACUGUAAAUGGUGCAGAAACUUUAAUGUUAGGAGAAAUGUUGACUUUACCUCAAAAUUUCGGGAAUAUAUUUUUGGGAGAAACUUUUUCCAGUUAUAUCAGCGUACAUAAUGAUAGCAAUCAAGUUGUCAAAGAUAUAUUGGUAAAAGCUGAUCUUCAGACAAGCUCUCAGCGUUUAAAUCUUUCAGCCUCCAAUACUACAGUGACUGAACUUACACCCGAUUGUUGCAUUGAUGAUGUUAUUCACCAUGAAGUAAAAGAAAUUGGAACACACAUCUUGGUGUGUGCUGUCAGUUACACAACUCAGGGUGGAGAGAAAAUGUACUUCAGAAAAUUCUUCAAAUUUCAGGUUCUCAAACCACUGGAUGUGAAAACCAAAUUUUACAAUGCAGAGAGUGACCUCAGUUCUGUGACUGAUGAAGUAUUUCUUGAAGCUCAAAUUCAAAAUAUUACAACCUCACCCAUGUUUAUGGAGAAAGUUUCAUUGGAGCCAUCUAUAAUGUACAAUGUAACAGAACUAAAUUCAGUCAGCCAAGCUGGAGAAUGUGUGUCUACAUUUGGGUCAAGAGCAUAUUUGCAGCCAAUGGAUACACGCCAAUAUUUAUACUGUCUAAAGCCCAAGAAGGAAUUUGCAGAAAAAGCUGGCAUCAUUAAGGGCGUAACAGUGAUUGGGAAACUGGACAUAGUAUGGAAAACAAAUCUAGGUGAAAGGGGAAGGUUGCAAACCAGUCAGCUGCAACGAAUGGCUCCAGGUUAUGGAGAUGUCAGGCUGUCUUUGGAGGCAAUCCCAGAUACUGUUAACCUAGAAGAACCUUUUCAUAUUACUUGUAAAAUAACAAACUGCAGCAGUGAAAGGACUAUGGAUCUGGUUUUGGAAAUGUGCAAUACCAGUUCUAUCCACUGGUGUGGUAUCUCAGGAAGACAGCUGGGAAAGCUGCAUCCAAGUUCUUCCCUCUGUCUUGCCCUUACUCUACUGUCUUCAGUUCAGGGACUACAGAGUGUUUCCGGCUUAAGACUAACAGACACAUUUUUAAAGAGAACCUAUGAAUAUGAUGACAUCGCACAAGUCUGUGUGGUAUCUUCGGCCAUUGAAGUGGAAAGCUGAAACAUUUCUAAUGUUCCACUUUUCAUUUAGUGUCUGUAUUUUUGUCAGUUUUCUGAAAUGAUCAUCACAGCACAAGCAUAUAUUAUUUAAAUUUCUCCCUGUAAAACAACGAAAAUAUUAAAUGCUUGUUUUGAAAACAUAACUACUGGUGUUAUCUUGUGAGUUAUAUUCUAGGUGUGUAUGUCUGUAUUUUGUACACUUGUUUCAUUUUAGAUGAUCGUUGGGCUUUGUUGUUCAACAGCUUUGUAUUUGAGGCCCUUUGUCCAUAGCAAGUUUUCUUAAAUUUAGUGAGCUUUUUUUGGUAAAGACUUUUUUGACAAGAUGAAAAAUGUUAGGCUUGGCAGACAAAUAAUAAACUCUGCCAUCAGAGGGUAAGAGUAGCAGUGUUUUUAUCAGGAUCAGAUCUACUUGUAAGUCAGUCUGCUGGCCUCAGUCUCAGAGUAUAGUUGUUUAUAAGACUUCUAGAAAUAUUCAGAUAACCAGUUAGCUCCCAUUUUUCCCUAGCUCCUCAGUCAAUAGAAAUGGUUUGCUUUAAAACCAUUGGGGUAGACCUGUAACCUGAUUACUCAACACAGGAUAAACUGCUGUAGCUGUUUUCAGAAUUACUGUACGCAUAUGUGUCUGUGUUGGUAUACACACACCAAAAUACCUAAAAUACAUCCAACUUAA